AUGGCUGUGGUUCUGCUGCCCCAGACCGUUACAGGCCUGGGCCAGCCAUUCCUCCAGCUACUUCCCUUCAUCACCGCAGGCGUGAAGCCAAUGAAACUCAUUUCUAAUUCCUUGCUGACGUUCACUUUGCUUCUCAAAGGCGGUCACACAGGCAGUGGCUGUGUGAAGCCGGGCUCAGGCAACAUAUACUACAAAUUUAGUGGCUUCACACAGAAGUUGGCUGGAGCUUGGGCCUCAGAAGCCUAUAGUCUGCAGGGGUUAAAGCUGGUGGUUUCCACAGAAGCACUGGCUAUCAUAUUUGUCACACCAACUAAACUGACCUCCAGUGUGACAGCAAAUGACUAUGCUUGGAAGAACAAAGUUCUAGAGCUGCAGAAAUUUUUCCAGAAGGCUGACUGUGUGUCCACCCACCUGAAACAAAGCCUUCCUGACCAAAUACUUUACCGGACCACCAUGACACUGACUGUGGGAGGGACCAUCUACUGCCUGGUUGCCCUCUACAUGGCUUCCCAGCCCACAAAUAAAUGA